UCAACUCGCACCAAACAUCCCACCACUACGUUCAUUUCACUCUCAAACGCUCUCAAUCGAGAGCCUGAACAUCAAAGCUGAUCAGAAAAAGAAAAACCGCAACCAUGGCCACCGAACAAAAAGGUGACAUCUCAAUCCGCCACUCCAUCCGCUGGAUCCCCAGCUCCUCCCCCUCCUCCAGCAGCGACACUCCCCCACCUGCGGAGCCAACCUCAACCAUUGUCCUCACCUCUCCCAGCGGCCGCUUCGUCGACCUGCGCAUUUUCAAAGAAGAUCCUCUCUCGCCCAACCACACCUGCGUUUUCAUCAGCCCCAACUCCCACACCGGGUCCGAAACUAAAGCCGAAGAAGCCAGAACUCUCCCCCUCUCGCGCCUGGACUGGGCCAUAGCCGGCACCUCCACGCACACCUCCACCCGCCCUACCAUCGGUUAUUAUGGGCAAAAACUGAUUCUGCCUGAUGGGCGCACGGUCAGUGGGACGACCGCGGAUUUGAAGAGCGGGAAGCACCCGUAUAUGAGGGGGAGGUGGACGCAUUGGGUUGAUUCUAGGGUUUUGUACACUGAGGCGGGGGGUGGGCCAAGUCCCGACGAGGCGGCUGCUGAUGAGGGGGAUAUGUACCGGAUUCCUGGCGAGGGGAAUGAGAAGCUUGCAUUGGAAAAGGGGAGGAUGGUUAACCCCGAGAGUGGGCAAGAAGAGGACUAUGAGGAGGUUUGGGUACCGGAUGAGGAAGGGGUGGCAGAGCCUCCGUAUGUGAAUUGUGUUGUUUGGGAGUUGGAUGAUAAGUUGAAGAAUAAGAAGGGGAGGAUUGUGAAGGUGGGAAGGUGGGCUCAGGGGAUUUUGAGGAGGGGAAAUGAGUUGUUGUGUGAGCGGUGGAAGUGGGUGAGCGGUGAGAAUGAGCAGAGUAGAUGGAGGUUGGAGGCGAGAGUUAAGGGCUAUGUGGGUGGUGAGGAGAAACGGAAAGUGGAUGAGAAGGAUGGGAGGUACUUGGAUGAGCCACUGGCGUUUCCGAAGGCGCUCAUUCCUGAGAUGAUCAGCGUGGGAGAGCUAGGAAAGACGAACGAAGUUGGGGACACGGUCACAGAAAGUAAUGGUGAUGUGUGGACGCUGGUGGAGUGGUGUCCUUGAGAGGCUGAUGAUCUAUUUUGAAUGUGUGGUGUUACCUUGAGGCAGCCAGAGGUACACCCGUUUGGUGGAAUAGGGAAUUAUCUUUUCUGGGUGUUUCUUCUACAACGAUUUUGGUGAUACUUUGUCUUACAGCUGCCUCCCCUGGACAGCUACCGACCAAGAAUACCGUACAGAGGAUCGUAUAUUACGCCAUCUGAUUUAUUAUGGCAUCCCUUAUCUAGUGCCUGGGCUUUAUAUCAUGGUACCAACUGCUCAGCAUCU